AAAUUAAUUCAAUUCACUCAUCCUCCUUCGACAAUCUCUCUCUGUUUUGCUCUUCCGUCCAGUCAUGGUUUUCCAAACGAGUCUUACGGUGCCUUGCCGCCAUUACGGCACUCCAAGAUGUAGGAUUCUUCGUGUGAUAACGAAGCCAAGGGGUUUACUCCGGAAAAACGCCCUGAGGUGUCACCGCACAUUUAUCAAGGGUUUGAAUCUUACCCCUGAAGAAUUGCAGGAGAAGAUUCAGAAAAUCAAGGACAGCAGAGACUAUUCCUUUAUGUUCCAACACGAUUCUCAACUUCCGAUCAUCAAGUCUCCUCCUACAUCAUCGCUGUUGAGACAAUCGCUACUGGGUUCCAACCCCACUUCCCGCAGUUAUUCGGAAAGCACUCCACAUGGUGGUUCGCUGGUAAGGGUUUUCUGUUCUGCAAAGAACAGAGCGAAGAGACAGAGGCCGGGCCCGAUGAUGUCAAGAAUGUCUGUGCAUCAAGAUCGUGUCAUCAAGUCUCCUCCCAGGUCCUCCCAUCUGGGUUUUAAGAAAACUGCUCAUCCUUACUUGGAAAACAAGGUGAAUGCACGUUCGGGACAUUCGGGUUCUUUAGAUAAGACUGUUCGGAAACAGAGGUCCCUAUCGGUAACUUCAACAACGGCAAGGGCAGAGGCUGGGGACAGGACUAAAUCUGUUUCCUUGAAAAGCAAGCAACAGGGUAGUACCACAGCUGAAAAGAAGAUUAAUGGCGGUUCAGAUUCUUUGCAUGAGACCCAACAGAAACCAGCAGUGACAUCAAGCAUGGUGAAAGAGGGUUGCUUGGAAAGCACUCAACAAGGUCUUGCGGUUCCUGAAAAGAAGAUUAAUUCCGAUUCGGGUUCUUCCCAUAAGAGUGUGCAGAAACGUACAACGCCGGCAUCAACAAAUGCAGCACAUAUCCAGGAUGAUAAGAUGGUGGCCGGAGAAAGUAAGAAACCAGGGCCACUGAAGGUCAGAGUCAUCUGCGGCGGACGAGACUUCAGUAAAGAAAUAGGGUUCCCAAAAUCUCUUCCUCUUGGAAGCAUGUCGAGAUCAAUCUCAUGUUCAUAAGUGAAGACCAUGCCCCUCUUGAAAUCUAUUGCAUGCAGUGCCACCUCUGAGUCCCCUUGUUAUGUAUAUGUUUUCCAGGUUCAAGAAUUCAUUGGUUUAUGUUAAGACUGACUAUAAUACCCUAGUUAUUUUGUAGAGAGAUAAUGAAUUUGAUUGAAGGCU